GUGGCUAAGGCGAGGAGAGUGCUCUCAUAUAUACAGUAAGCUCAUCACAUAUUUGGCGGAUAUUGAAGGUUGGCAGUGACAGACUAUUAAGCUGAGAGUAACAGCGACUACUGGAAUACUUCCUUCAUACCUAAUCAGGAAUAGCUGGACUAGAUGAGAAGAACAGCUGUAUAGGCUGUCCAUCCAAGUGACGUGAAGAUGUCUGCUGGGGACCGUAUGCCCAGCCAUGCCUGUGAGACAGUUGGCUGUGGGGCUGAGGCAAGAUUACAGUGUCCCACAUGCAUCAAAUUGGGCAUUCAGGGAUCCUUUUUCUGCUCCCAGACCUGUUUCAAGAGUUCCUGGGAAACACACAAACAACUCCAUAAGAAGACAAGUGAGUUUCAACAUGGAUCAAGUGAAAGCAGCCUGUCACAGUACAAUCCAUGGCCAUAUUUCAUGUUUACUGAUACUGUUCCUAAAAAUAGGUAGUUUACGGCCGUACCCACAAAGUAGCAAGAGGGAAGUGCCUUCAUCUAUAGGCAGACCAGACUAUGCUGACGACCCUCAUGGAUUUCCCCAUUCUGAGCAGAAAGUUCGAUCAUCGUCCAAUAUCAAGUGCCUUCCAGAUGAAGAGAUUGAGAGCAUGAAAGUAGCCUGUAAGCUGGCCCGGGAGGUCUUGGAUGAAGGAGUGAAGGUGGCAGCCAUUGGAGUGACAACAGACGAGAUAGACCGUGUGGUUCAUGAGGCUGCUGUGGAGAGGGAGUGUUAUCCUUCACCUCUUAACUACCAUGGCUUCCCAAAGUCCUGCUGUACUUCUAUUAAUGAAGUUAUAUGUCAUGGUAUUCCUGAUAUGAGGCCAUUGCAAAAUGGAGACAUUUGUAACAUUGAUGUGACAGUGUAUCACCGUGGUUACCAUGGAGACCUAAAUGAGACACUGUGUAUUGGAGAAGUGAGCAAUGCAUCCAGAAAUCUUGUCAAGACCACCUGGGAGUGUCUGCAAAAAGCUAUUGAGAUUGGUGAUUAUCUAGCAGUCAAGCCUGGAGUGAAGUACCGGGACGUUGGUGCAGUGAUCCAGAAGCAUGCUCAGUCUCAGGGGUACUCCGUCGUGCGUUCCUAUUGUGGCCAUGGUAUACACCAGCUCUUUCACACUGCUCCCUCUGUGCCUCAUUAUGCAAAAAAUAAAGCUGUGGGCAUCAUGAAACCAGGACACACAUUUACAAUUGAACCUAUGAUAUCAGAAGGUACAUGGAAGGAUGAACAGUGGCCUGAUAACUGGACUGCAGUGACAGCUGAUGGGAAGCUCUCAGCUCAGUUUGAAGAGACUCUCCUUGUGACCGAUACAGGAGUGGAGAUCCUGACGCAACGUAAUGAGAAGAACGGUCAGCCAUAUUUUAUGGAUUGAGGUGGGGUGAAAGUUAGGACAUGUAUAUUAAGACUAUGCUAUUUGUUUCUUUACCAACUGAGAGGUAAUAAUAUGUUGAGACUAUAAACUCUCUAAAUAUGAAGAAUCAGACUUUCAAACCUGGAGAGUUUUGUUACUUAGAUAAUGUGGCAUACAGGUGAUCCUGAUUUGUGGAACUAUGUAAGAUAUGUCCCUGGGCAUUAACACACCUAUAUUAUUUGUAAUUAUUGCAGCACGAUGUAGAAUAUCUAUAUUUUGUAUUGAACUAUAACAGUCUGUAUCAUUUAUGCAGAUAAACUGGCCAGAUAUUAAAGCUGUUCUUUGGUGAAGAAAGGUUCAUAGCUUCAAGAUGUCACUAGUCGUGAUAACAGUGAGAGCUUGUUUGUCAAUCUUUGCUCGUUUAUAAGACAUUGCAGGAAUCUUAACUUUCUUUGUGUUAAUUAUAUUAGAAACUAAACUAUGUUAAGAAUUUUUAUCAAGUUGUAUGUUUGUUGAAUUGAUACAUAAGAUUUAUGAAUGAUACAUGAUACAAAUGUGUCCAAUAAAAAGUUUUAGGCCCUCAUAUUUACACUGUCCAUUUGAAGGCCUGGCUUACACUUCCAUUCUGACUUGUUUAUUUAUAGUAAUGAAUUUCAGUAAAUUUUUAGCAGCUGUCUUAAUUCCCAGAUAAAUGUGUCCUCUUGAGGUUUAGUGCUAGCCAUAGAAUGGUUAAUAUGCAGUUUCUUUUAGCCAAAGCUAAGUUGGAGAACCUUCUUUAUUUAUUUAUUUCAUUUGCUUAUUGAUUGAUUGAUUGAUUCAUUCAUUCAUUUCCUGUAAACUGACUGAUUUUAUUGGUCUAACCCCCACAAAAAUCUUAAAUGUUUCAUCUUUUUGUUAGAUCCUUCUGGUCCCAGCUGCCAGUCCAUAAUUUUGGGGUGAUAGUGGGAUAUAAUGUUUGUGAGUCCUUUGGAAAGGAAAGAAUUUCACGUAAAAUGUCCAGAGAAAAAAUAAUUUUCUAUUCCAAAUGAAACCAGUACACUUCUUUUCUUUUUGUAGAUCACUGGCUUUUAGAAGCUGCAUUUUUUUUUUUUUUUUUUUUUUAUGAAAGAUGCUUUUCACAAGAAAAUUUUAAUAUCACACAUAGCAAAUAAGUUUUCUACUUCAUUGAUGAAGAAAAUAAGUUUUCUACUUAUUGAUGAAGAAAAUUCAUACAUUUGCUAAAUACAUAUUUAGUAACAAUGCAAUCCCUAACCAACAUUACUUUCAGAAACACCUCUCAAAAGUCUCUAGCAAUACAAAAUGUAUUGAAGUCAUUGUCAUAUUGCACAUAUCUCAAGCCUCUAAACCAAUCACAUCAUCAUGUUGUAUGUAUAUAAACAGUUGCUAAAAUUUCCAAUAUGCAAAUGUUUCUAACUUUGAAACUGCACUGCCAGUGCUGUUCAGUAGCCUUUAAAAGGCUGUAAGAGAGAUUUUCAAGACAUCAUUACUGUGGGCCCCAGUCCUACACUGCCUGUGAAAAUUAUUGGUUAACAAAAUAGGUAGAGAAAUAUAUAUUAAGACAGGCAGCUUAACAUAGCCUCAGUGAGGCUACAUAGAUAUUUAUACAUUAACAAGAACUACAUAUUACCCUGUUCUUAGGUAAGAUAAAGAGUGCAAUGAGUCUGCAUUUGGCUUCAGAUGCCCCAGUAAAUUACAAAAGAAAGCAGGUCUGGAUGUAUCUCUUCUACUUUCUUUCCUGCUAUAUGCAUUCACCCAACAUGUUAUUAAAACUUUGCCCCAGUUUUCCUUACUGCUAUAUGCACUCACCCAAUAUAUUGAAACUUCUCUCCUGUUUCCUUUCUGCUAUGUGCAUUCAUCCAACAUGUUAUUAAAAGUUCUCUGCUGA